UACUAAAAAGAAUUAUUGUUAGACGCUAGUUAUGGGAGUCCACAAAAAACAAUUCAGUUAUUCUAGCAUUAAUCUUCAUAAAAUAAUUUUUAUAAAUUGAUAAUAGUACAAAUUCUUUUUUUCUUCUAAUUAUUAUUUAAAAAUAAAAAAAAAUUAUAAAAAAAUGGAACCAAACCAGCCUAAUAUUCUAAUCCCCAAAUGGACACACAAAAAAGUGAACCCAAUAUGCCUAACGUCCUUCACGCCUCAUAACCUCCGUCCCUCACCAGACGGCGCGUUGCCUAGAAGCACGAAACGUUCGUAACAUCAAACAACCCAAACAACUAUCUCGCCGGUUUCCAGAACCGGCCGUUGCACGCUACAGUCCCUUUCUUUCUCUCUCUAUACUCACUUUCUCUCUCUAUAUCCACUUAAGACAUUAUACACACAUAUAGAUAUAGAUAUAAUUAAAUAGAGUUAUACAUAUAGAGAGAAAUUUUAUACAAAAAAGAGUUGCGAGAGAGCGCUCCCUCCCACGUAACCAGAUAGCAACUUCAGCUCCGUUUCUCCGCUAUUGUAGUUUUAGACAGAGAAAGAGCUAGAGAGAGAGAGAGUGACGAGAAAGCAACGCUAACUACGCUCACGCUUCACAUCAACUAUGCAUAUAUAAAAUAUAUAUGUGUGUGUGUGUAUAUAUAUAUAUCGAAGAGAGUUUAGAUACGAUUGUUCGUUCUCCGCAUACCUGAUUACCUGCAUUGUUUGAAUGUGGCUUCUUUCAAGAGACAUUGUAGAUUCGAAUUGUGUGUGUUUGAGAUACAAUGCCAGGAGAAGUAGUUCUGAAUCAAGAAAAUGAUGGAAUGAGAAGAUCUGACCUUGACACCUCCGAGGACGAGAAGAGAAGCACUCGGAUCAGAUCUUUGAAGAAGGAGGCAAUGAAUGCCUCAUCGAAAUUUAAGCAUACACUAAGGAGGCGCAGAAAGCGCGUUGCCCAUUGUCGUUCCGCGUCGAUUUCGAUUGAAGAUGUUCGAGACGAGGAGGAAGAGAAGGUGGUGAAUGCGUUUCGGGAGGCCUUGAUUGCGAAAGAUCUACUUCGAGAUCGCCAUGAUGACUACCAUACUUUUCUGAGAUUUUUGAAGGCAAGAAAGUUUGACAUUGAUAAAACAGUCCAUAUGUGGGCAGAAAUGCUCAAUUGGAGGAAGGAGUUCGGAGCAGACUCUAUUAUACAGGACUUCAUAUAUGAUGAAUAUGAAGAAGUUAAGCAUUAUUACCCUCAUGGUUACCAUGGUGUAGAUAAAGAAGGACGACCAGUUUAUAUUGAAAGACUUGGCAAAGUUGAACCUAAUAAACUUAUGAGUGUCACCACAGUGGACAGGUUCUUAAAAUACCACGUCCAGGGGUUUGAGAAGGCUUUCACUGAGAAGUUUCCAGCAUGUUCAAUUGCAGCCAAGAGGCAUAUAGAUUCCACAACAACGAUCCUGGAUGUUCAUGGGGUGAACUGGAUGAGUUUUGGCAAGGUUGCACAUGAUCUAGUUAUGCGCAUGCAGAAAAUAGAUGGUGACAACUAUCCUGAGACAUUACAUCAAAUGUUCAUUGUUAAUGCCGGUCAUGGAUUCAAAUUUAUAUGGAACACGAUAAAAGGCUUUCUUGAUCCAAGGACAGCAUCAAAGAUACAUGUUCUGGGCAACAAAUUUAGGAAAAGGUUGUUGGAAGUUAUAGAUUCAAGCCAGCUGCCAGAUUUUCUUGGUGGAACCUGCUCAUGCCCAAUUGAUGGUGGGUGUCUGAGCUCUGACAAUGGGCCCUGGAAUGAUCCAGAGCUGAUGAAGCUGGUACAUAUUAGAGAAACAAUGCUUUUAGAGGAAAAUACUAGUUUAUCUGAUGGUGAUGAUUUUGAAGUCACUUCAUUUGCUUCCAAGGUUCCAAGUACUAAAAUAAUGUCUGCCAAGUCAGGAUCUGAUAUAGGAGUUCAUAGUUAUGACAUAGUGCAACAAACGCUGCUUAUAGAUGAGGAAAGGAUGGAACCUGAAUCUAUCCGCAGCCUUGUUGAACCAGUUACUGGUGGGGCUGAUGAUGAAUAUGCCAGUUCAACAAAUAAUGUUAUAAAAAGAAGGCUGCCAAAGAAAUUCAUAACAAGUUUGGUGGUUGACCUCAUAUUCAAAUUAUUAGCAUGUAUUUAUGUAUUAGUCCCAGUCUUGGGCAAAUUUUUUGUGGGGAAUAAUACGGACGAGCAGUUGAAAAGGCAACAGAAACCCGAGUUGUCAGAUUUAAAUUCUCAAGAACAACAGAUUUCUCAGACUAAAGAAAUGGACCUACUCGAUCCAUGCUGUCAGAGAUUGCAACGUUUAGAGGCACAGAUAACUGAGCUGUCCAACAAACACACAAGUAUUCCUCGAGAGAAAGAGGACAUGCUGCUCGAGUCCAUGAGUCGUAUAAAAUCCAUAGAGUACGACUUGCAGAAAACAAAAAAGGUGUUGUUUGCAACUGCAUCAGAACAAUUGGAGAUUGCUCAGUCGCUGGAAACAUUGAGGGAGAACAGCUUGAAUGUAGGGACAAACUCCUGCUGGCUGAGAAGUUGCAAGUCCAUCCCCCGUGGAAGAUAGAUAAUUGGCAUGGAUUUUCAGAGACAAAUUUUGCAGAAAUGUUCAUUUGGCCAUGCCUCUUAUGUCUCAGCAAUGCUUGGCACGUAACCUCUCAUCUCGAAUUUUGGACAUGAAUUUGCUGAAUUUCUUGAAUGAUUUCACUUUCGAGACUCGACAGGUUGUCGAGUUGGCAGUGGAAGAUGCAGGUUAUUUAUCUCUGGACUGGUUUCUCCCAGAAAAAUUUAUAGGCUUUAUUGUAGUGAGUUGCUUGUUCAAAAUUGCCUUGUGUACAUAAUAUGAAAUUCGACAUCAUUGUUUGUUUUUUAACGGAAUAAACUGAUUUACAGAAGUAGAAAAUGGUAAUCCAAAAAAUGUUAUGGUUCUUUUAAUAAUGAAA